CAGGAGGGACCAAAGUCCUCAUGGAUGGCCUUGGGAGAGUUAAUGUGUAAUAUUCUAGAACAUAAACUGGGCUGUAAGGCGUGACCCUGAGCCCAGACCUCCAGGAGCCACUGAGAGCUGCGCCAGGAGCUGCCACCAUGUCGGAAAAUUUUGAGAUCAGGAACAUGAACAUGAAGGUGGGGUCAACCCUGAAGAUCAAGGGCAAGAUUGCCAGCGACGCUGAUGGGUUUGCCCUGAAUCUGGGCCAGGGGUCAUCUAAGUUGGACCUGCAUUUCAACCCACGCUUCCAUGAGAAUGUCAUCGUCUGCAAUUCACUGGAUGGCUCCUGGGGGGAGGAGAAAAGGGACGGUCACUUAUGCUUCAGCCCAGGGUCAGAGGUCAAGUUCACCGUGACCUUUGAGAACGACGAAUUCAAAGUGAAGCUGCCAGACGGGCACCAGCUGACCUUUCCCAACAGAAUGGGCCACAGCCACCUGAGCUACCUGAACGUGCAUGGAGGGCUCCACGUCACCUCCUUCAAGAUCGACUGAGGGGACAGCACCUCGCCUGGAGUGGAAGGCCACUGUGCAGACUCCCUGCCCUGAGCUUCCCAGUCGCAGAUCAGCAGCCACUGAGUCUGGGCUCCUGUCCUGGGACCCUAUUCCCCUCCCACCCAAGGCUAAGCACAGAAAAAAAACCCACCUUUACCCAGUC